AUGGAUGACGAUCCCUGGGGUGGCUCGGCAGCCUGGGGGGCUCCAAAGUCAGCGCUAGAUGAAGCGGCCGAAAAGCUAUCACGACCGAGGACGCCGCCUGUGGACGACGUCGAGCCGCCAAGAGAGAGCGUCGAUUGGUCAGGCAACGGAUGGUCAGCCGGCGGCGAGCCAGAGCCUGCAACAUAUCUACCCCGUCCUGUCUUUGACAAAUCAAGCCUGGCCGAACAAGGUGAUACGCCCUCUUGGAAUCCCUCCGACGAAUUGCCGAGCUUCGGCGCUCCUGCCUCCUCCCACGGUCUGACAGGCUUUGCAUCCGGCUCAAGUACGCUCGAGCCGGCAUAUGAAUAUGAGAGCUCGAGUCGGUCGCCUGUACAAGAGGACGAGGAACCAUCAUUCACCUAUGGCGGUACAUCAGACUAUACGAUGCCGACGGACACGCAUGACCAUGAUUUUGGAGGCUACGGUGCACAUGAGCAAGACGAGGAUGAGUAUACGGGAGGACAUAGUCCUGCUGAGGAGAGUCGCUGGCCGGGCGAAGAGCUCGAUCUGCCAGCGAUGCCAGACGCGCCGCCCCAAUGGCCCUCCGACGAGUCAAGGCGGCGCAGCCUCGACGACGAUGACCCUGGACCUCGCAGCGAUCCUUGGGCUGCUACGCCCAAGAAGCAAGCUCGCGACCUGCCCGACGAGUCCGAGCAGGACGAAGAGCAGGAGGAAGAAGAGGUGGCAAAGCCGAAGAAAACAACCAAAGGGAAACAGGCGCCCGCUGAAGAUACUACGAUCGAUAUAGAGGCAGAAGCCAAGGCAGCCGUCGAAAAGACAAAGGCGGCAGCGGGCAGUCUUCUGAGUAUGUUCGGUCGGCGGACAUCUGCAACCCAGAAGACGCCCGUACAAGGCUCGACGGGAAUGUCGAGCAUCGUCGACGGGGCAGCGGCUGAGGAGGACCUGGACUUCAAGCCUCGCAAUCUCGAUGAGGAGCCUCGCGACAAGACGGCUACGCCUUCCCCUUCUGCUGCACCUCGCAGCGGCUUCUUCAGCCGGUUCAAGCGCACGCCAGUGCAGCCAAAAGAAGCCAAAGCGACGCCAGAGCCGGAGGAGCCAGAGCCAGAGAGCAAACGUAUCAUUCGCGGUGUCGAGCCACCGGCCACGAUCGUGCACUCACAAACGCUGUCCGCUUUCCAGGCGCAAGCUCUGGCUGCCCUCGAACCGCGCAGGCGGACGCCCACACCGCCACCUGAAGAUGACGAUGAUGAUGACUUUGGCCAACUUUCGGACGCGAUGGCAGGCUCGACGGUCAACGACCGUUCCUCCGGGUCUAGCUCGCUCGAGCCCUUCAGGGUUCCUCACUUUGCAGCUGAACCGUCGCCAUACGCAUCGACAAGUGCGUACGAUCGUGCCAAUCGUACUCGGGAUCAUUCCGGCAAACGCACGCUCACGCCUGUGAUGAUGUCCGAUGCGCCCUUCGCGCCUGCGCCAUCGUCAAGCUCGUUCUCACUGUUGGCACCACCGCCGCCUCCAAGCGCAGCCCCGCGCACGAAUUCAGUGGGAUCGACAAGAGAAGAGUUUGGUAACUUCUCAGGCAUGCAGAAGGGCAAUGCGCUCACGCGGCCGGCUUCGACCGGACUAAGCAUGUCUACUAAGCCCCUCGCGCCUACGCCGAUCUUACGCCCGACCUCUGCAGCCUCCAUAUCGCACACGCCCCUUCGUCCUACGUCUGCAUCCUCGCUGCCUGCCUUGCUGACCAAGCCACAGUCGCCCCUCGCCACGCCCCGAGCCGAAUCGCCUGCGCAGACUGGCGCUGCGAUUGCUCCGUCUCAGCCUACAUCAUCUGAAAUACCUGCAGCAGUGCCUGCGGCAGCUCAACCACUCUCCGCACCUUUGCUGCCGUCUCAACCACUCACGCCGCUUCAGCCGACGAGAACAGUUCAGCCAACUAUCCCGCCACCUGCGCCCGUGCCCGUGCCUGUGCGCACCUCCACGCCGUCUGCAACGCUUAAUCCAUCAGCACAAGCGGUCAUAAUUCCUGUGCAGACUGCAGCAAGCACGCCAACCGCGCCGGUUGCUUUGCCCAAACUUGCGCCGCCCCCAGCGCAGACGGCGAUUCCCAAACUCGCACCUCCGCCUGCCAAUGCGCCAGUGCUCGCCGCCCCGACGCCUUCUAGCAGGCCCAUUCUGAUGCCGCCACCGGGGAAUGGGCAGGCAUUUAAUCCUGUGACGAGCGCAAGUGGGCCUCGGCCGCCGAGCCCUCAGCCGCUCAAGCCGACUCCACGCUACAAUAUGGCGCCACUCGCUCCUAAGCCUGCUCAGCCCACGCCACGGAUGACCAGUCCGACGCCUGCGAGUGUGACCGUUCCAAGCACAUCUGCUCUGCAGCCCAAUAGGGCUCCGACUGCAACACGCUCGGCGCCACUCUUGGCGAAGCCGCUCGCGCCUCCCUCACUGACUCCCAGUCCUCAGCCAACAUUGGCGAAGAGCCCGGUCUCUUCUUUUAAGCUGGCACCACCACCCGGCGGCGCGACUAUCAGGAUCGGAGCAGGCACGAGUCAAGAGAAGAAGGUUUCAAUGUCAGAUACGGACUUCUUCGACUCUUUGCUGUAG